CUGACAGCGAUAGCCUUGUGCUAAAUGCCCCAGGCAUAUCUGUGAAAAACUUUUAUACAAGGAGGUCAAUUGAGAAUGGAUCGACCCGCCGUCCAACUCCUGUGCCUGGAGCAGGGAGUUCGCCCGCUGGAAGCUCACACUCAAGACUUUAUUCAGCUCGCGUGCCUUACCCACUAUCCAGACCGCUCGCUCUGUGUUUUUUAUUUCACCAGCCUGAGCGAGCGGUCUAAGGCACGAGUUCCAGCGGGCGGUCCUAAAGAGGAUUUCGCUGCCUUUGUGGAGUGGGUGCUGAUACACAACGAGUCUGCAUUCACCAUCGACCCUGUGGAGGAUGAUAUUGCCACCGGCCCCACUCCACCACUGCCAGAGACCAGCCAGCCGUCACCCCGAUCUACGGAGAUACUGCCUGAGCCCACUGCAGACGGAGAGCCUGAGCCCGCUGCGACUGAGCCUCUACCAUCAACUGACCAAGUGCGUGAGCUGGCAACAUCGUCUGUCGUCGAGGGAGUUUUGGUGGUGCUCGAGGGCUUGGAGGGAAGCCCCGCCCACACUCCUACGACUGAGGGUGAGCUACAACUGGUUUCUGGGAGAUAUGAAGAGGAACGAAAGGACAUCUUCCAGAUGGACCUAAUUGACUGGUUUGGAGAAGUACAAACCUGUACCCCUGAAUCUCCUGUGUCUCCACUGGUUCCGUCCGGCCCUGAAUCUCCUGUGUCUCCGCUGGUCCUGUCCAGCCCUGAAUCUCCUGUGUCUCCGCUGGUUCCGUCCAGCUCAAGUCCUCCUGUGGUCCCUCCCAGCCUCCCUCUCCUGCCUCCUCUCAAACCAGCUAGUUCCUCGCCUCCAGCUCCGCUGAUGCCUAUCAGUCCCUCAGCUCACCCUCAGUCAGCACCUGCCAUGCGCUCUGUUCCGCCACCUCAGGACUUCCAGUCUCCAGCUCCGCCCAGCCAUGUGGAUCCCCUGUCUCCACUUCCAGCCUCCGAGCCUUGGACUACACCUCGGUCCUCCGACCCAUCGGCUCCACCUCGGCUCCUAGCUCCCUCGUCUCCACUGUUGCCCGUCAUCCCACUGGCUCCACCGGGCUCCCUCGUCCCUCCGGCUCCGCCUUGGUCAGUCGUCGACCAUCCGCCGCCUCCACUUCUCCGUCUGCCCCGUUCCACCUGGGUCUCCACCUCCAGCUGCUCAGUCUCCGUCAGUCGGCCCCCUGGUGUCGUCGGCCCUUUCUCCACUAUGGCUCCUCCCGCCGUCAACUCCGCCGUGGGCUGCCAUCCUGGCUGGCCUCUGGAUUACCACCUGGCUCCUCCUGCUCCGGGCUCCUCCCUGGCUCCUUCCUCCAUCGACUCCACCCUGGCCCCAUGAACUUCUUCCCCAUUGCCUGCCCUCCUCCUGCUCCACGCCCACCUCCAGAACCCUCACCUUCCCUCCUCUGUUGGACUGUUUUUGUCGGCGCGGGGACGCGCUGUUCCGGGAGGGGGCGUUAUGUCACAUGUUGACCCAGUUUCCUUAGUUCUCCUCAUUAGUUAAUUAGCUCCUCACCUGUUUCUGUUUCAUCAUUCUUUGUCUGCUAUUUCGUUUGCAUCAUGUGUUUUGUUACU